UUUUGUGGGAUCUAGUGGUAUUGGGUGAAUAAUCUGAGAACUUAGCAACCCAUUUCUGUCGUUAUCUAUUAUAGUCGAGACUCCAACGAUGCCAUGUUAUUGGCUACUCAUUUCAAAAUGUCAUAUUGUCAUCCGUUGAUCCGUCAUCGUAGUGUCAAUACUUUCAAUCGAAGUUUGUAAACAAAACAACAGAUGCGCUAGAUAAUUUGCCAAUGUGCUAUGUUCUUGUUGAAAAUUAUUCAUUAUACACUAAAACUAUACCAGGAGAUAAACUACAAGCUAUUGAGUAAUUUGCAUACAAUAAAACUCGAAAGGAAUUACAAGCGAUGAUGGUCCAAUGGUCUCGGAACUAGCUGGCUGGUUCAGUUAUUGCUGGCAGACUAGGUAUUAUAAUUUAUAAGUUGGAGAAUUGGAAGCCUUGCGGAAAGAUAGGUGGCCCUAAUAAAGUGAUGCACACUGAGGAAUCCUAGAAAAAGAGAGAGAGAGAGAGAGAACAAUCCUGCUCGCCUUGAAGAGGGCCGUAGAGUGAUGUAAAAUGACUGUGACGAUUUGUACCUGGAGGUGUGUCCCUUAUUAAAUAAAAACUAUAUUAAUAAUUCAAAUCAAAUAACUCUAAAGGGAAAUAAAGAGAAUAACAGCCCUAACCAUUGGUAGUGUGGAUCAUACCCCCGCUACCAGUCGGCUCCUAUUUAAUGUUGUAUAUUCGUUAUAAGUAGUUUUUAAAAAUGUAAUUUUAGCAGAUUUUAAAUAAAUAUAUGGAUUCAAAUAAUUAUGAUAGGUCUGCAGAAAUGUUUGUGUCAUUAAUAAAGAAAAAUGUUGAAGAAAACUCCACUCCAUCAAUUAUACAGCCUGCUGUGUCUUUCUCAGUGGCUGUAUAAUUACAUAAAUGGGUCGGGCAAGCAUGGUUACAAUUUACAUAAUGAUUGUGUUUCUGGCACCAGAGCAAUGAAACACACCAUAACCACCAAGAAUUAAACAUACAAUGAUUGCUAAUACAUAUAGGAAGGAGAAACAUGAUCAUGAUUCAUUCAAAUAAUUAAGAAAUGCCCUUAAACAUGUUUAAAUAUAUAGUUUAUUAAUUUAAACCACAUAUUUGUUAUCAUCAUGGCUGAUGAGAAAUAAGCGAAAUAGGCCCAGUAGUUAAGCCAAAAUGUGCAUUAUUCUCUUUGAGCUAAUUUGAACACUUUACAAAUACGACAUUAUAACAGCCGCGCCGCAUGCCCGUUAUAUUCCUAGACAACUUACAACAUUAUAGCUCUUCGGUGGCCAAGAAAUAUGAAGCUGAUUCCACAGAAUUUUAUAUGCAUAACCACCAUACUCAGAGUCAUUUAACGGUUACUUAACCCAUUCCUUACCAGUUGUUUACCUAAAAGUUUUAUUAACGUUUAAUUAAAGUUAUUAUUAUUAAUUAAAGUUUAAUUUAUUAAAUGUCUCUGAGUGCGGCAGUUAGUAUGUUUAAUUGGUAAAUUAAAUAUGUAGACCUAUCUAUAUAACAUCAUUGUGUAUCGCGACGCGGCGUACGUCGAAUGUCACGCAUCCAACCCGUGAAUGUAAUUAAAACUUGUUUUAUUGAGGAGGGAAAGAAUGUAAUCUUUUAGCAUAAAGAGUUUAGACCCUAGCGCAUUUCAAAGAGCCCACCACAGACGAGACCCACUAGGGCCUUAGUCUGCUAACUAUUACAAUUGUGUCAGAAUGGUCGAUCAUUGAGCAGUGCAAGAGGGACGGACCUAUGUAGGUUGUAUAGCUCCUUCCCUCUGGUGUUUGCGGGUCAAGCCCAAUGAUAUACCGCCAUUAUCCCCCACUCGAUGAUAUUCUUCCACAGAAAAGGCCUUUUUUAAAUGAAUAGUAAGUAUUUUUAUGUAUUAUGCCUUGGUAUUAAUGUGUCAUUGCAUAGUAAAGUAACACCAAAGAGUGAAAUAAGUGUAGGGGAAGACAUGGGCACCUAAACCAAACCUUAACUAUAUCCCAGUAGUCCAGUACCCGGAGCUGCGGAUUAUCUACCGGGUUUACCGGGGCAGGAGGCUUGAAGGGCAGGAGUGGUUUUUAGUCAGUAAGAGUCUGAUACUCCCUCUAGCCCGCCCAAGGCUGGAGAAGCCUUUGGAUGAUUUCCCCCCUUAAUAAAAAGAGGUACCUACAGUACUAAAGAGUUUUAUUGAGUAGGUUUUAGUACCUUUAAGUACAAAGGCUGCAGCCAGUACCUACAUAUUGAUUAAAGAAACCAUUGUGUUGACGUUUGACAUUAGGUACUUAUGUAACGUCAAUGUGAAUAAUAAUUUCAUUUUCAAUAUAUAUUUUAAAUAAAAAUGUAUUGUAAAAGGAAGAAGAUAGAGCAACAUGAUUUGGUUUAUGAUAACAAAUCGAGGGAUGCUAUCCCUCAAAGGGGGUAUUACUCUGAACUUGUAUCAGAUUUGACUAAAGAUGACCCUACUAAGGAUAUUUGUACAAAGAAACGAAUGAAAUUGAUAUUGCAGGCUAAAACGGAUAGACUAGCUCCUAUGCUGGUUUCUUUACCGAAACCGCAAAGAGCAAAACUUCUCCUACCGCCUGGACGCUGGACAACUUAUAGAGAAGAUGAGAGCAUUCAAUUUCCAUUUGAGACAUUUGUACCUAAACUGCAAUUUCUUAGCAUUGUAUUGCCUAAAGAACUUCCACGAUUGGUCAAGAUUGAAAGGUUGAGGAGAAAAUUUUUAGCAGCAAAUGUUAAGAAAAUGCUUCGUGAGUUAGGCAUACAACCCUAUUGGUUGUUACCCGUCGAAGAGUUUAAGAUUAAUGAAAUGCAACAUUAUGGUCUUUAUAGUUCAUUUCCUAAGCUGGAUUUGGAAAUAUUUGACAACACGGAUUUUGAUUGCCGGAUUCCUGAAGAAUGGAUGUCUUUGGGUAUGAUUGAAGGGGAACAGUAUCCUUGUCCUGGUUUAGCCUUUAUUCCCAAAGCUGAUGCGAAAUCGACUAGAAUGAAUACCGACUUAAUGCGGACCCUCAAUAAUAUGUAUGAGUGGACAAAUGUGGCUGCUUUAAAAUACGUUGAAAAUGUGGAUAAAUGGGAAGUAAUGGCACUAGAUGGCACUAAGAGGCACUACACGAUUCCUCGUGUACGCCUGAUGUUUAAAGCGGAUGAUCCGGAGACGUUUGCACAACGCGUUAAAUUCGCUGUCGAUCUUAGAAAGGAGGUUGAAAAUAAUCUUAGAUUCUACUUGUACCUUGACUGCUUGUUACUCGAAGGACUGCCUGGCAUACCGCGGCACUAUAUACCGCAAAUAGUAAAAAUGGUGUACAUUCAUCGGCAGGCGAAGGAACUAGACGAAGAACAUAUGAAUUAUCUCAAACGUGAGGUGGAACUCCUCUACACCAAGAUGGAAGGAAAGAUGAAGAUUGUCUAUACUAUACAGAAAUUCAGGGAUCUGUACAACUUCAUAGAUGCACCGACGCCAGACUAUGUGCCUCCCGUACCAUUAUUUGGGAGGCUUCCGUGUGUGAUGGAGGAUUUCCACGGUCGGGUCAAGUAUAACCAGUGGUAUUCAUUGUACGUGCUGACGGAGUCCGUGUCUUGCAUACAUCUGGUCGUCGAUGAGUGUCUGAAGGUUGAAUCGAUGUUAUUCUUCACAGCUAAUUAUGGAAGAAAUGCGAGUUUAGCAGAAUUUGAUGCGGCACAACAGCACUGCACAUCAAUGAUGUUAAAAUAUCUCAACAUCUCCUGGCUGAAUCAAACCGCACAUGCUAUAAGGAUGUCGUUCCGGGAUGUCGGAAAAGGAUGGUUCAAUAUAUACGAAAAGAAAUGGGAGUUCUAUAGAGUCAGUAAGCUCUCAAGAUUCAUGCAACUUGUCCGGUUUAGAAUGCAGUAUGCUCUCCGCUACUGUAUAGAGCAGUCGAUGGCCAUGUAUCUGAAUAUGUUGGAGACUCCAUGCCUGUGCACAUAUAUCUGUGAUGAUGAUUACGAAUGGGACUCUAAAGACCUCAUCAACUCCCCCUUCCGCUCCCCCACCACUACUCUCUUUUACUUCCACCUUAUGAUGUCUGUGGACGGACCUUAUUAUACCACCGAUCCAGCUCAAUUUGAGAUUGUAAUUCAAAGGCUGUUCCGUGAGAUGUUGUACCGCUGCCAUUUCAUUGCACAAGUGCAUCCUAUGAUCAUGACCGGAUUGGUCUUCGAUAAGGAGCUUUAUCUUACAUCUAUUGGUUUGAUGGAACCAAACGUAAACGAAACUCGAGACAGAUUGUUGAAGGCGUACAGGAAAUGUAUUAUACCUCUCAAAGCGUACAUGAGACAGUAUGAGUGUUACAGAGAAAUAUACAUGUUGAACAUUGAGGAAUACGUGGAAAACUUCCGUGAGGAGAAACAUUCCGCUUCUGAGACAAAAGAUGAAGUCCAAAUACACUAUGAUGCGAAACAAGACCUGAUAUGGAGACUGCCUCAGUUCAUAAACAUCGGGCCCUUUGCUAUUAACGUCGAUUCUUUAAAGCAACUGCUGGUUACCAAACGUUCGGAUAUAAUAAGAUCGUUGCUGGUGAUGUGGGCUGAAGAGGUGCGACUGGUGGUCGAUGACGUCAUCACUGCGUACAAGAGCAUCAUGCGCAAGUUGGGAGAGAAACCAAACACUAUUGAACACGUGUUUGAGAUUAGGGAAUGGAUGGAGUCUAUACCGUUUGCUUUGAAGACUCAGGAUGACAUCAUGAGGAAGGUUCACUCGGAUUAUGAAGUGCUAGAACAUUUCUACAUGCCUUUAGAAAACGAUGACUUCAGGGCUCUUUGGGAAGCUGUUGGGUGGCCACUACAAAUAACUAAACAGGUGGACGAAACGAUCCUCUUCCUAGAGGAGGAACAGGAGAAGUUCUGGAAACUCCACCAGCAGGAUGAACAAACUCUAUACGAUAAGAUUGACAUGUUCACUGCGCAGUGUAUGACGCUCACGCUGCAAAACGACUUCUCUAAGGUGCAUGAGAUAGCAAAUGAUAUCAAGAAAGCUUGGAAAGCGAUGAAGGAUGCCCAAGACUGGGGUCGCAUUCUCAACCAGCGGCAGAAACUCUUCGGUCAACCUGUGGUACCAUUUGCUGAUCUUAACAAACUUGUGAAGGAGUUUGAACCUUAUAGGAACCUGUGGGUUACUGCGUCAGAUUUCUUGAAAGCUCGCGAGGUAUGGUUGGACAAUCCAUUAAUGUACGUAGACGCAGACACGAUAGAGCCGAUGGUGAACGAAUACUACAAGACAAUCGUCAAGUGCGUGAGAGUUUUCCAGGAUAUGCCCAAAGUGCAGCAAGUCGCCAUCACUAUAAGGGAGUACAUGGAUGCCUUUAGACCACUAAUACCCAUCAUACAAGCCGUUAGAAACCCUGGAAUGAAGGAAAGGCAUUGGAACGAGUUCAUGGAGAAAGCUGGUAUAACAGUGACCAUGAACGAAAAACAAACCUUCCAAAUGUGCAUAAAGCAAGGUGUGGCCGCUCAUGGGGAGUUGAUCGCGGAGAUUGGUGAACUUGCCAGCAAAGAGUACGUGAUUGAGCAGUCCCUGGACAAAAUGCAAGCCGAUUGGGCCAACAAGGUGUUGGAAGUCAGCGCGUAUAAGAAUACUGGUACUUAUAUAAUGAAGAUAGCAGAUGAAACUCUGCAAUUGCUUGACGAACAUCUCCUUGGUACUCAGCAGUUAGGUUUCAGUCCUUUCAAAGCGGCGUUCGAACUACGGAUCCAGGAAUGGGACGAUAAACUUCGCUUGACACAGAGAGUUGUUGACGAGUGGAUAGAAUGCCAGAAAGAAUGGAUGUAUCUGGAGCCUAUUUUUACUUCGGAAGAUAUAGCUAGACAACUGCCCAUGGAAACCAAGAAGUACGGGACUAUGGAGAGGAUCUGGAGACGCGUCAUGUCGUCUGCCGCCGCAUGUCCUAAGAUCAUGAUCAUAUGUCCGGACAGUCGGUUACUGGACAGUUUGCAAGAAGCUAUUCACUUACUGGCGGUAGUGUCUCGAGGACUCAAUGAGUACCUGGAGCUGAAGCGGUUGAGGUUCCCACGGUUCUUCUUCCUCAGUGAUGAUGAACUGCUGGAGAUACUUUCCCAGUCUCGCAACCCAAGGGCUGUACAGCCUCAUCUCAGGAAGUGCUUCGAAAAUAUUGCCAAGGUUACCUUCCAGUCGGACCUCUUGAUCACUGAAAUGCACUCCAGUGAGGGAGAGGUCGUUGAACUCAAGUACAAGUUCAAACCAACUUCGAACGUAGAGCAGUGGCUGCUUUUGCUUGAAGACACGAUGAGGCAUACAAUCCGCCUGACCUUGAUUGAGGCUUUGGAGGAGUUGUGGCAAAUACCUCGUGUGGAGUGGGUGUUGCGCUGGCCUGGUCAAGUGGUGAUCGCUGGCUCGCAGACCGCUUGGACCGCUGGUGUCGAGAACGCUAUAGAAGAAUACAGAAUGGAGUUCUACUUCGAAGAAAAUCUGAAAAUGCUGGACACUCUCCGCGCCUUAGUGAAGGGAGAGCUGACAUACUUCCAACGCGAGGUGCUGUGCGCUCUGAUUGUGGUAGAGGUGCACGCGCGUGACGUCACUAAGAACUUAGUCGAGGAGAAUGUUCGGUAUAACACAGACUUCCAGUGGAUCUGCCAGCUUCGUUACUAUCAGGUAGUGAAGCCAAUGUACCCGUUGGAGCCGGGUGAGGAGCCGGAGAUCUACCAGGACGAGCUGCGACUAGACACGAGCAGAUACUACCGCCAGUUCAGUCAGAACAGCUGCAAUGUGAAAGCCCUCAACUCCGUGUUGAACUACCAUAAUGAAUAUCUCGGUAACAGUGGGCGGCUGGUGAUCACUCCGCUGACUGACCGAUGCUACUUGACACUGAUGUGUGCGAUGCACCUCAAGUUUGGAGGGGCUCCUGCUGGCCCUGCUGGUACUGGCAAGACUGAGACCACUAAGGAUUUGGCAAAAGCUUUGGCAGUGCAAUGCGUGGUAUUCAACUGUUCAGAUCAGCUCGAUUUCAUGGCCAUGGGGAAAUUCUUCAAAGGAUUGGCUGCGUCCGGUGCGUGGGCGUGUUUCGACGAGUUCAACCGUAUUGAUAUUGAAGUACUUUCAGUUGUGGCUCAACAGGUGGCAACUAUACAGAAAGCUCAGAUCGCUCAUCUGGAAAGGUUCAUGUUUGAAGGUGUGGACCUCCCUCUGAAACCCUCCUGCGCUGUCUUCAUCACUAUGAACCCUGGAUACGCUGGUCGUACAGAGUUACCAGAUAACCUGAAGGCAUUGUUCCGACCUAUCGCGAUGAUGGUACCAGAUUAUGCCCUGAUCGCCGAGAUCUCUCUCUUCUCCUUCGGUUUCUCUGAGGCCAAGAUCCUCGCUGGAAAGAUCACCACCACUUUCAGACUUAGUUCUGAACAACUUUCCGCUCAGGACCAUUAUGAUUUCGGUAUGCGAGCCGUGAAGACGGUGAUCACGGUCGCCGGCAACCUGAUACGGCAGAUGCCCGACGGUGAUGAAAGGCAGAUAGUUCUUCGAGCACUGAAAGAUGUGAAUGUACCCAAGUUCUUAGCUAACGAUUUGGUUCUGUUUAACGGUAUAAUAUCGGAUCUGUUCCCACGCGUGGAGGUGCCUGUAGUGGACUACGGUAUUAUGGAAACGUCCAUAAGGAACAUGCUCAUCAAACGAGGAUAUGACGAUCUUUAUUCGUUUAUAUUCAAAGUGAUUCAGCUGUACGAGACGACGGUAGUAAGGCACGGCCUCAUGUUGGUCGGGCCGGCGGGAGCUGGGAAAACUAAGUGUUAUGAGACCCUACGUGACGCGUUGACUGCGAUCAAGGGGAAGCUAGCUCCUGAUGGGUUUCCCUUCACUCCCGUGCAUACUUUCGUUGUCAACCCCAAGUCUAUCACCAUGGGCCAGUUGUACGGAGAGUUCGACUUGCAAACCCAUGAAUGGACGGACGGGAUUCUUUCGAGUUUAGUCCGUGCAGGUAUCGCAGUAGAAGAUAUGGAUAAACGCUGGUACAUCUUCGAUGGUCCAGUGGACGCUGUGUGGAUUGAGAACAUGAAUACGGUAUUAGACGACAACAAGAAGUUAUGUUUGUCUAGCGGCGAGAUAAUGAAGCUGACGGAGCGUCAGCGUAUGAUCUUCGAAGUGGCUGACCUGACUGUGGCCUCGCCCGCCACUGUCUCCCGAUGCGGCAUGGUGUACCUGGACACACAAGUAGUGGGUCUACCACCUCUUGUUAACGCCUGGAUUAAGAGCAAUCUUCCUCCGAUAGCAGAUCCCAUCCGUAAGCUGUUGGUGCCUCUCAUCACAACGUACUUGUACCCUGCACUGGAACUGCUGCGUUCUGAGAUGACGGAGAUCGUGGUCUCCAUAGACUCGGCCCUGGUCCUCAAGUUCCUCGAACUGCUGGAUUACAAGUUGAGGCCUCUGACUGGAAAGGACGAUAGGCCACCCCCACCACCCAACUUCCUUUCUUUGAUGCCUCGUUUGGCGCCCUUGUGGGUAGUCUGGUCCAUCAUUUGGUCGGUGGGAGCGACCUGUGACCUGAACAGUCGCGGUGUAUUCUCUGAAUUCAUAAGAAAAGUCACCACCGAAAAUGGAUUCAAGCCUUUAUUCCCGGAAGCAGGAAGAGUUUAUGAUUACACGCUCCAUGAUGGGGGUUUCACAGACCCGACUGAAGACGGAGAACCAGCCAGCCCAUACUGGUACAACUGGAUGGCAAAUAUGGCACCAUACGUAGUUGAUUCCGAGUGGCAGUACGCAGACAUUGAAGUCCCAACGCUGGACAACGUACGAAGCCAAGCGCUACUAGGCUAUAAGAUUGUGAAUUACAACCAUGUGAUAUGUGUGGGGCCCACCGGUACUGGCAAGACGGUCUCCAUCACAACGAAACUGGCACAUGGAUUGCACAAGAAAUUCAUUUGCGAAUUCCUUGUAUUCUCAGCCAGGACUUCUGCUAAUCAGACUCAGGACGUGAUAGAUGGAAAGUUGGAGCGUCGUCGACGUGGUGUCUUCGGUCCGCCUCCUACCAAACGCCAGGUGUUCUUCAUAGAUGACCUGAACAUGCCAGCACUCGAAGUGUAUGGGGCUCAACCUCCCAUUGAAUUGUUAAGACAGUUUAUGGACUUUGGAGGUUGGUACGACAGACACAACAUCGGUGAGUUUAUGACGCUGGUGGACGUGGGUAUCGUGGCGGCGAUGGGCCCGCCCGGCGGCGGCCGGAACCCAGUCACCAUGCGCCUCAUGCGGCACUUCCACUACAUCUCCUUUACAGAGAUGGAAUAUUCCAGCAAGUAUGGAAUUUUUGACACAAUCCUUAAAUCUUGGACUCGAAAUUUCGACCCAACGAAAGCGAUCAACCUAAAGGAGGGACCGUUCCUCAAGGCUUCUCUAGACAUUUUCAGUGCUUUAGUAGAAGAGUUACUACCUACCCCUACAAAGUCGCACUACACCUUUAACUUGCGAGACCUUAGCAAAGUAUUCCAAGGGAUUCUGAUGAUGGACCCAAAAUCUGUGACUGAUGUGGACGAUGUGAUCAGAUUGUGGUACCAUGAACAUCAGCGAGUGUACCAGGACCGAUUGGUGAACGACACUGACCGUCGAUGGUUCACUGAUUUAAUGCAUAAGAAGUUACGUUCAGAAUUUAAUAAAGAACCAGAUGACUUGUUGGCUGAUCGGAUGAUGUUGUUCGGGGAUUUCAUGGACCUGGGUGCUGAUGAUAGGAAGUAUGUCGAGAUUGUCGACAAAGAAGAGUUGAAUUACGUGUUGGGGCAUUACCUCGAGGAGUACAAUAUAGCGACGAUGGCUCCCCUCGACUUGGUGUUGUUCGAAGAUGCCGUGGCCCAUCUUUGCAGGAUAGCACGCAUCAUGAGACAACCCAUGGCCAAUGCGUUGCUUUUGGGCAUGGGUGGAUCAGGUCGCCAGUCGUUAUCGCGGUUGGCAGCCAGUAUGGCGGAGUUGACUUGCAUUCAGAUCGAGAUCACGAAAGCCUACGGGAUCUCGGAGUGGCGCGAGGAUCUCAGAAUGACCAUGAUGAAGGCAGGCGCUGAGAAUAGAGGCAUAGUGUUCUUAUUCUCUGAUGCACAGAUAAAAAUGGAAUCGUUCCUCGAGGAUCUAAAUAACAUCCUGAGUUCUGGUGAUGUGCCAAAUAUAUACGAGCCGGAGGAUUUAGACAAGAUAUACCAGGCAGUGCGGCAUGCUGUGAUGGAGAUGAACCUGACAGCCACCAAGACCAACCUGUUUGCUUGCUAUCAGAGAAGAGUUAAGAGCAACAUGCAUAUUGUUAUAGUCAUGAGUCCUAUCGGCGAGAUAUUCAGAUCUCGUCUCCGUCAGUUUCCGUCUCUGGUGAACUGUUGCACUAUUGACUGGUUCAGCGAAUGGCCGAAGUCUGCGCUCGAGUCGGUUGCGUUUCACUUCUUCGAGAGUAUGGGGGAACUGACAGAGGCUUCCAAUGAAAUACUUACAGCUAUGGUGUCAGUAUGUUGCUUCGUGCACCAAUCUGUGGUGGAAGCCAGCGACCGCUUCAAGGAACAGCUGAACCGCAUCAACUACGUGACGCCCAUGUCUUACAUGGAGAUGUUGGGCGCCUACUCUGAAAUGUUCCGUAAACAACAGAAGGCCAUACUCAAGGAGUCUAGUGCGCUGAAAACUGGGCUGAACAAGUUGAAUCAGACAGAAGUAGAAGUGAAGGAGUUGCAGAUAGAGUUGGCGGAGCUGAAACCCUUGAUGGAGAAGGCGGCUGAGGAGACCAGGCAGGUCAUCGAACAGAUCGCCACGGAUACUGCGAUUGCUGAAGAAGCUCGCGAGAAAGUUGAAAAGGAGACUGUGAUGGCGGAAAAAUUGGCUGCUAUUAACGCGGCCAUUUCAGAAGAUGCACAGAGAGACUUGGAGGAAGCGAUGCCAGCGCUGCGUGCAGCUGAGAAAGCGCUUCAAGAGUUAAAUCGUAACGAUGUGGUGGAGGUUAAGGCCAUGAAGAAACCACCAGCUGGAGUCGUACUGGUCAUCGAGUCUCUUUGUGUGGUCUUUGAUAUCAAACCCAUAAAGGAGCCAGGCGCAUCGUUUGGCGAAAAGGUCCUGAACUAUUGGAAACCUGGUUCACUAAUGUUAUCUGACCCCACGGCCUUCCUUGAAUCCCUAAUAAAGUUCGACAAGGAAACAAUUACAGAAGACAUGAUCAAAAAACUGAAACGUUUCGUCACUAGCCCGGAUUACGACCCUGCGAAGAUUGUGAAGGUGUCCAAAGCCUGUCAAUCAUUGUGCAUGUGGGUGCAUGCUAUGUAUAAAUUCUACCACGUCAACAAAGGCGUCGCUCCCAAGAAGGAAGCCCUGGCCAGGGCUACUAGGGACUUGCAGGUAGUUGAAGCCAUGCUGGCUGCUGCUAAAGCGAAAAUGCAGGCGCUGCUGGAGGGCAUCGCGAAGCUAAACGCAUACCUCGUUGAGAAAGAGGAGGAGAGGAAACGGAUGGAAGAAGACAUCAACCAGUGUUUGGCAAGGAUGGACCGCGCUAACAGGUUACUGAACGGCUUGUCAAGCGAACGCGUUAGAUGGAUCAAAACUAUUAAGGAUUUGGACAUCGCCAAAGUUAAUUUGAUAGGAGACAUAUUGCUAAGUGCAUGUGCUGUAGGAUAUAUUACGCCGUUUACAGACGAAUUCAGAAGGACACUUCUUGACAAAUGGAUUAACCACAUUGAAGCAGUGAAAGUCCCCCAUACGCCAGGCGCCACGCCUCUUAAAACGCUAGGAGAUGCUGUGCAGAUCAGGACGUGGCAGAUGUAUGGCCUACCUCGUGACCCGAUGUCCGUGGAGUCGGCGGUGCUGAUGUCAAACUCCCGCCGCUGGCCGCUCAUUAUAGACCCUCAGACGCAAGCCAAUAAGUGGAUCCGAGCCAUGGGUAAAUUAGAAGGUUUAGUCGUAUGCAAACCCAAUGACAGGGAUUUACUGAGGAACUUCGAGUCGGCACUGAGGUUCGGCAAACCAAUACUACUGGAGAAUGUAGGAGAAGAUAUAGACCCGGCCUUAGAUCCUGUACUCAAACGUCAAUAUUUUCGUCAAGCGGGUCAAUUGGUGCUGAAAUUAGGUGACUCCCUAAUUCCGUUUAUGGCUGGUUUCAAGCUGUAUAUCACUACCAAGCUGCCGAACCCCAAGUAUAAGCCGGAGACCUCCGUAAAAGUUAUGGUCGUGAACUUCGCUCUGGUACCCAGUGGUUUAGCAGAACAGCUCCUAUCGAUCGUGGUGGCUCAAGAGCGACCUGAUCUUGAAGAACUGCGCGGUCAGCUGAUCGUGUCUCGAGCACAAAUGGCUUCCCAACUCGCGGAGAUGCAAGCAGAUAUCUUGUACGGUCUCUCUAACAGUAUUGGCUCGCCCGUGGACGAUGUACCGCUCAUUUUGACCCUGGAAGCCAUUAAGAUUAAGAGUGCUGAGAUUCUUGUAAAAGUAGAAGACAUAGAGCGUACAACGCUAGAGAUAGACGAAGCACGCAGCGGCUAUGUACCAGUGGCAGACCGCGGGUCUAUUCUCUUCUUCUGUCUAUCCGACAUGGCCAAUGUCGAUCCUAUGUACCAAUACUCUUUAGAAUGGUUCGUCAAACUUUUCGUCAGGGCUAUGGCGGAAACUGAACCUAAUGAGGACAUUGUGGAGCGUGUAGACGUGAUAAUAGUACAUUUUACGUUCAUAUUAUACCAAAACGUAUGCCGCAGUUUGUUUGAGCGCCACAAGUUAUUGUUCGCCUUCCUACUGUGCGCGCGUAUACUACUCGACAAGGGAGUCAUUCGAUAUGAGGAGUUCAAUUUCUUACUCAAUGGAGCCAAGUUGGAUGCCGAAGAACCGAAUCCGGAUCCGAAGUGGAUAUCUCCAAGGGUGUGGUUGGAGAUCCAGCAGUUGAACACUGUUCCCACAAUGAAAGCAAUCGUGCAGGACUUCACGAACAAUGCCAAGUUCUUCAAAACUUAUUACGACUCCCAUAUUCCACAUAAGUUGCCGUACCCAAAACCGUUGGACACUCAGUACGAUCUGUUCCAGAAAAUUCUGAUCCUCAAGUGUCUUCGGCCUGAUAAGAUUAUACCAGGGUUCCAGGACUAUGUGAUGGUAGGUCUGGGAGCCAGGUUCGUGGAGCCCCAACCAGCAGACCUGGCGGCACUCUACGCAGAGUCAGAUCCUCUCGCACCCAUAAUCUUCGUGUUAUCUACUGGAACUGAUCCUGCAGCUGAUUUAUUGAAGUUCGCGGAUAAGAUGAAGAUGGGCAAGCGUUUUGACAGCAUCUCCUUGGGCCAGGGUCAGGGGCCGCUGGCUGAAAACAUGAUGAGGGUCGGCUGCGACUUCGGAAACUGGGUGUUCUUCCAGAACUGCCACCUGUCCCCAUCAUGGAUGCCUGUUUUGGAGCUGCACGUGGAACACAUCCAGCCUGAACUGGUUCACAAAGAUUUCCGCCUGUGGCUUACUUCUACACCAUCGCCCCACUUCCCAGUUGCUUUACUGCAGAAUGGUUACAAAAUGACAGUGGAGCCACCUAGGGGCAUAAAGGCGAACUUGCUAAAGGCCUACAUGAAUCAAGUGCCUGAUUUCCUUGAAUACUUCAACUCACAGGAUCCUAAAGUUCCUAAUUUUAAGUGGCUCCUGUUCUCCCUCUGUCUGUUCCACGGCGUGGUAAUAGAGCGUCGUAAGUUCGGACCUCUCGGCUUCAACAUACCUUACGACUUCACCGACGGAGACCUCAGGAUCUGCAUCUCACAGCUCCACAUGUUCCUUAAUGAAUAUUCCGAAGUACCUCUUAGGAUGUUGACAUAUACGGCUGGUCACAUCAACUACGGCGGUCGGGUGACCGAUGAUUGGGAUCGCCGUUGCCUAUUGUGUUUGCUAGCAGACUACUAUACUCUAACCGUUCUUACUGACCGGUACGUCUAUGAUGAGACCGGGGCAUACAAACAGCAACCGGCUACAUCGAACAUAGACGACUACACGAAGUAUAUCCGGACUCUGCCGCUGAACGACGAUCCCUCCCUGUUUGGAUUACACGCCAAUGCUAACAUCAGUUACGCUAACGCUGAAACCACAUCGUGUAUCACUACGCUUCGUGACCUGCAGCCGAAGGAGGCGGUGGCUGCAGGAGGUGCCUCCGUGGAGACUAUCAUCGAGCAGGCUGCUAAGGACAUCAUCAAAAUUCUACCCGAGAUCCUUGAUACUGAGCGUAUCGCCAAGACAUAUCCAGUAUCGUACAAAGAGUCUUUGAACACUGUUUUGAUACAGGAAGCUAAUCGCUAUAACAAGUUGUUGGGCGUCAUACGAUCUUCUUUGCAGGAUCUCCUGAAAGCUUUGAAAGGUUUGGUGGUGAUGUCAGAAGCGCUGGAGAAUAUGGCUGGAAGUCUGGCCAAGAAUGUGGUGCCUUUGAUGUGGAGCUCCAAAGCAUAUCCUUCGUUGAAACCCCUCGCUGCCUGGGUAAAGGAUCUGUGUCUUCGAGUGCAAUUCAUGAAGGAAUGGGCAGCGCAAGGCAUUCCAAAGGUGUUCUGGAUAUCUGGUUUCUACUUCCCCCAGGCUUUCCUCACGGGAGCCCUACAGAACUACGCUAGAAAGCAUGUGAUUGCCAUCGACACCGUCGCCUACGCGUUUGAGGCACUACCACAGCCUCCAACCAAGAAGCCGGAGGACGGAUGCUGUGUCCGCGGUCUCUUCCUCGAGGGUGCGCGGUGGAACUUAAGUGACAUGUCCUUGGAAGAGAGCAGACCCAAGGAACUACAUAUGGGUAUACAAUUUCGUAUGAUAAGUCUAGCCCUGUAUUGAUACCAGAGCUACCAUCCAUAUAAUCUUCCCCUUUCGUAAAACCUAAAAGAGUUUAGGGAGUAAAUUGACUAACAGACAUAGUCACAUUGACAGAGUCUGGGUUCUCUGAUAAACUUACCCUAAGUAGUACGUACUUAGUACGAGUAUGCUUUACGUUUAAAGUAUUUGAAAUGAAAGCGCGUUCGGCGCUCUGAUUAGUUAAUUUGAACCAGCCAAUCA